CAUCCUGGACCAACCUUCACCCUGUCUCUCCGCUCCUCAUUGCUAGCCGGAGUUCCCACCAAAUGGAGGUGGUUGUUCCGGCAGCCCCAAGUAUGGAUUUUGAUUUCAAAGCAAACGGCUUGUCGCCUUACUUGAGUGCCCCUUCAACUCCAAGACGUUUUGGGGAAUGCUUCUUCACUAGUGCGCCAACGAGUCCCACAAGAAUGUCGGAGUUUUACCGCGAAUUCGACAGGUUCUCUCAGACGGACAGUUCUUUGGCGGUUCCUUUCAACUGUGAAGAGAAACCGGGUACCCCGAAAUCACCGAAGGGAAGUACGAAGGCAGAUAUUGAUGAUUUCGCUUUUGAUUUUAGUGAGGACUUGGAGAAGGCGUCUCUGUCGGCGGAAGAACUGUUCGACGGAGGCAAAAUCCGGCCGUUGAAACCCCCGCCUCGGUUACAGAUUGACGAGUUUGCAUCACCGAAAAGCCCACUUUUAUCUCCGAGGUCGCCUAAAUCACCCAUUUCAAAAGGUGCAAGAAUUAUACGCAAUGUUUUCUCGCCUAGAAGGAAGAAAGAUCACGACCCGUUUGCAGCCUCCAUGGAAUCAGAAAAUCAGAGAGGGAGAGAAAGAGUUCAGGCUUUGUCUAAGAAUUCAAGUCGUAGAGCAACAAGAUCUCUCUCUCCUUUAAGGGUUUCAGAGUACCCAUGGGAAGAGGAGGAAAAACAGAGCAAACAGACCCCCAAGCAAUCAAAGCCUUCAUUUUCAUCUUCUUCGAAGAGUUCUUCCAAAAAAUGGAGAAUCAAGGACUUUCUACUGUUCCGGAGCGCAUCCGAAGGGCAUGCAACUGACAAAGAUCCAUUCAGGAAGUACUCUUCUCUGUUCAGGAAAACAGAGGAGGCCAAGAACGCGAGUUUCCGGUCAACAGACAGCUUCGGCAGCUCAGUAUCAGCAUCGAGAAGAAAGGUUUCGGCACAUGAACUGCAUUACACAACGAACAAAGCUGCAUCGGAAAAUAUGAAGAAAAAAACUUUCUUGCCAUACAAACAAGGUAUUUUGGGAAGAUUGGCAUUCAAUCCCGCCGUCCAUGCACUUUCUAAUGGAUUCGGAUCGCUGGCACGGUGAUAAUUUAAUCGUAAAUCUUUGAGAGAUAAUAUAAAGUCUGUUGUUGUCAUAAAUAUAGAGGCAUUUGUUCCUAUCAAAGUGUAAAAUUUGUAAAUGGAACGAAUGAUGUAAGUUUGUAAUUCAUUCGAAUCAUAGUGUUUCUUUGAUUUUUUUUUCUAAUAUGGCCAUGAUUGCUUAAUUAUGGAAGGUAAACUUUGUUGUCUUAUUAUUUGCAUCCAAUUGGAUAUAAAUGGGAUGAAUGAUU